UUUGUAGGAAACACAAUGGCAACACGGGGACAUGUCUUUCCAUAUUCUUUUGUUGCUAAGUAUAUUUUCAGGUGGUUUAGCUUGAAUGUGCAAGCAUCGUAUGGUAUGGAGAGAACCAAAGAUGACCAGGUAAAGAUGUGAGGAUGCAUGAGUGAUGAACUGUGAUUUUUGGUUUGUUGAUAAUAGACAAAUGUUUGGGGUAUGAAGAUAACAGCACUUACCGUGAACUCCUAGAGUGCCCUCUCCUGUUCUAGCAGCUUGGUCCUUUGGAAAAACCAGCACGCAGUAGCAGGUUUAAGUCUAAGGAGUUUCAGAACAUAAAAGGAAGAAGUAAAAGAUAGUGUCUGUACGACAAACCCGUGCUCUUGCUUGUGUUCAAGCUGAUAGACAGUCGGGUGAGCCAGGUUCCAGCUAAAACUUACAUACUGUGGUACCUUUUGCCUAUUUCCAUAAUUUCUCUACUUAUGUCCUUCUCGUGGAACAUAAGUAACAACAUCCAUAUGUCUUGCUUCAUUUUUUCCGUAUUCUCUCUUUGACUUGAAUCUACAUAACAAAGUUAUAGCCAGUGGAUUUUAUUCAAACAUUAGCUUAUCUCAACUGUGAAAUCUUGCAUACCGGAACUUCUAAUGGCAAAACAUUAGCAGAGUUUUUUAAAAACGCAGAGUGGCUUUUAGCUAGUGUGCCGAGAGAUGCAAUCAUCACAAAGUUUGGAACUUGGCUACUAUUUAAAGUGCUAAAUACAAUCCGAACACUGACCCGUACCCGACCCGGCUCUAUAGACACUCGUUCUUCGUCGUUAACAAUUCGGAGAUGAUUCCGUUUCCUCUGUUACCAACGCCGAUUGAAACCAACUACAGAGCCUGCACCAUUCCUUAUAGAUUCCCUUGUGAUAAUCUCAAGAAAGCCACUCCUACUGAAAUCUCGUGGAUCAACGUCUUCGCUAAUUCCAUCCCUUCUUUCAAGAAACGAGCAGAGAGCGAUAUCACUGUUCCAGAUGCUCCUGCCAGAGCUAAAAUAUUUGCAGAAAGAUAUGCGGGAAUUCUUGAAGAUUGGAAGAAAGAUCCAGAGAGCAAUGGCGGGCCACCAGAUGGCAUUAUGCUUGGCCGAGUUCGUGAGCAUUUACUCAGAGAGUUUGGAUUUAAGGACAUAUUCAAGAAAGUUAAGGAUGAAGAGAAUGCAAAGGCUAUAUCACUAUUUCCUGAAGUUGUCAGUCUGAGUGAUGCUAUUGAAGAUGACGGAAAACGGUUAGAGAAUUUGGUGAGAGGGAUAUUUGCUGGAAACAUCUUUGAUCUAGGUUCUGCACAGCUUGCUGAGGCUUUCUCAAAGGAUGGCAUAUCUUUCUUGGCUACAUGUCAAAACUUGGUUCCACGACCAUGGGUCAUUGAUGACUUGGACAACUUCCAAGCCAAAUGGAUCAAGAAGCCUUGGAAGAAGGCAGUGAUAUUUGUUGAUAAUUCUGGUGCAGACAUAAUUUUGGGUAUUUUGCCGUUUGCAAGAGAGCUGCUCCGUCGAGGAACUCAGGUGGUGCUGGCUGCUAACGAGCUGCCAGCUAUCAACGAUGUAACAUAUACCGAGCUUACAGAUAUUGUGUCGCAGUUGAAGGAUGGAAAUGGCCAAUUGAUAGGCGUUGAUACUUCAAAGCUUCUGAUUGCAAAUUCAGGGAACGAUUUAGCGGUUAUCGAUCUCUCAAGAGUAUCACAUGAGCUUGCUUACCUUUCAUCUGAUGCAGACUUAGUCAUCCUAGAAGGCAUGGGUCGUGGGAUCGAGACAAACCUUUAUGCUCAGUUCAAGUGUGAUUCUCUCAAGAUCGGAAUGGUGAAGCAUGUUGAAGUAGCACAGUUUCUCGGAGGACGACUUUACGACUGUGUCUUUAAAUACAAUGAAGUUCAGAUUUAAUACAUUUCAGUAAUAUUCACUA